CUGCUUGCUUAUAGCAUACAGGAUCAACUUGGAAAGGAAGUAGAACCAGGCGGCGGCGUCCGGUACGCCGGCAGCGAGGAACCCUGUUUGGAGGCGAGUGGCGGCGCUGUAUCUGUACCUUAUCCUAGUUCUAGUUCCAUCCGUAUUUCCCCAAUUCCCAAGUUCACCGCACACAGUGAUGACCGCACGCCUCCCGCCGCCGCUCCGCCCGUCCACCGCGCCGCCUCCGCCCGCCGUCACGCGCGCGCUGCACGCGAUCAACACCUGCACCUCCGUCGCGGCACUCGGGCCCCUCCGCGGCGGCAUCCUCCGCGACCCCGCCCUCCUCCGCUCCACCGCCGUCGUCUCCGCCUUCUUCCUCGCCUGCGGCCGCCUCGGCCACCUCGACCCCGCGCUCGCCCUCUUCGCCUCCCUCCCGCGCCCCCACGUAUUCGUCUUCAACUCCCUCCUCCGCUCCCUCCACCACUCGGCCCCAUCCCCGGCCCUGGGCUGCUCCCCGCUCUCGCUCUUCCGUCACUUCCUCCGCCUCGGCGUCCGCCCCAACGGCUACACCUUCCCGAUGAUGCUCACCUCCCUCUCCUCCCUCAGUGACCUCAGGGUCGUGCACUCCCAGGUGACCAAGUCCGGGUUCGCGCGCGACCUCCACGUCUGCAACGCCCUCCUUGCGCGUUACGCGGCAUGCGACCCGAAGCUGGCACACGCCGAGCAGCUGUUCGAUGAAAUGCCCCGCCCGGACGUCGUCGCCUGGACCACCGUGAUCACUUCAUACAGGAAUCGCGGCCGCAGCUUCCAGGCUCUGGCCACCCUCCGUCGGAUGCUUGCUGCCUCUGUUGCCCCCAACCGCGUCACCAUGGUUUCUGCGCUUGGCGCUUGUGCAGCCCACGGCGCGGUCGACACUGGCGUCUGGAUACAUGAGUACGUUCGGAAGCAGGGAUGGGAGCUGGAUGUUGUAUUAGGCACCGCACUUGUUGACAUGUAUGGGAAGUGUGGGCACGUUGUGGACGGUGCGCGUGUAUUCUCCGAAAUGGUCGAGAGGAAUGUGUAUACUUGGAACUCUAUCAUUGGAGCACUUGCUCUGGCACAGGAUGGAAAAACGGCGCUGCAAUGGUUCUUCCGGAUGAAGGCUGAUGGCAUGCGACCAGAUGCAGUCACACUGAUUUGUGUUCUUUGUGCUUGCGCACAUGCCGGGUAUGUUGAUAUUGGGAGGAAAAUAUUUAACUUGAUUGUUCAAGGUGAGUAUGGGUUUCAACCUGGGAUCAAGCACUUUGGAUGCAUGGUUGACCUUCUUACUCGCUCUGGACACCUGGAUGAUGCCUUCAAGGUUGUUGAGACAAUGCCAUCACAGCCAAAUGCAGUCAUUUGGGGCUUGCUAUUGCGGGGUUGCAAGGCCCGUGGUGACUCAGUCUUGAGUGAGCAUGUGACAAUGCGGCUGGUGGAGUUGGAGCCUGAGAACGCAUCACAUUAUGUGCUGUUAUCUAACUUGUAUGUCGGGGCAGGGAGAUGGCAGGAGGCUGAGGAGGUCUUGAAGUGGAUGAAGAAAAAGGGUUUGACGAAGGAUGCAGGCUGGAGCCUUAGGAUGUUAGAGGACAGGUCAAAGAAAUAUAUGGAUGAUGAAUAUUUGAUGGAAUGUGCUUUAAACAUGGCUCCUCUGACUCCAAGACUUGUAGUGCCCAUAGAUGUGAAGAAGAAGCCAUGGGAGCAGAAGGUUCCUCUUCAUAACCGCUGGCAUCCUGAUAUCCCUCCUGUUGCUGAUGUAAUUGAAGGGGAAUUAUUCCGUGUUGAGAUGGUUGAUUGGACUGGAGGACGGGUUAGUGAUGAUAAUUCUGCAGAUGAUAUCAAAUUCCUGGAUCUCACAAUUACUCAUUAUCUUAGUGGGCCUUUAAGAAUAGUUGAUUCUGAAGGGAUUCCAGCUUCACCUGGUGAUCUUCUUGCGGUAGAGAUCUGCAACCUUGGCCCACUUCCUGGUGAUGAGUGGGGUUAUACUGCAAUAUUUGAAAGGGAGAAUGGAGGUGGAUUUUUAACCGACCACUUCCCCAGUGCAAGGAAAGCCAUUUGGUAUUUUGAAGGAAUUUAUGCAUACUCCCCUCAAAUACCAGGUGUUCGUUUUCCAGGAUUAACUCAUCCUGGUAUAGUGGGAACUGCACCAUCAGUUGAGCUUCUUAAUAUAUGGAAUGAAAGGGAAAAAAGAUUGGCUGAGACGAGUCAAGAGACCCUGAAACUGUGUGAAGUCCUGCACCAGAGGCCCCUUGCGAAUUUACCAACCCCUGAGAAUUGCUUACUUGGAAAGAUUCAAGAAGGGAGUGCUGAAUGGCAAAAAAUUGCAAAUGAAGCAGCAAGAACUAUUCCUGGAAGGGAAAACGGUGGGAAUUGUGACAUAAAGAAUCUAAGCAGAGGUUCCAAAGUUUAUCUACCAGUAUUUGUUGAGGGAGCAAAUCUGAGCACUGGUGAUAUGCACUUCUCCCAGGGCGAUGGUGAAGUCUCACUCUGUGGAGCAAUAGAAAUGAGUGGAUUCCUUGAACUCAAGUGUGAGAUCAUCAGAGGUGGGAUGAAGGAAUACUUGACUCCAGUUGGUCCGACGCCACUUCAUGUGAAUCCUAUCUUUGAGAUAGGUCCAGUGGAACCACGUUUCUCAGAGUGGUUAGUGUUUGAGGGCAUCAGUGUAGAUGAGUCUGGGAAGCAGCAUUUCCUUGAUGCAUCAGUUGCCUACAAACGUGCAGUCCUUAAUGCUAUUGAAUACCUUUCCAGAUUUGGGUACUCCAAGGAGCAGGUAUAUCUUUUGCUAUCAUGCUGUCCAUGCGAGGGUAGGAUAUCUGGCAUUGUAGACUCCCCUAAUGCAAUGGUGACUCUUGCCAUCCCUACAACCAUAUUUGACCAGGAUAUAAAGCCAAAACGCUUGAGCGGACAAGGACCAAAAUUGAAAAGACUCCCAGAUCUUCUCAGAUGCUCAUACGAUGGACAUCUCCCUGUUACACAAGACCAAAGUGGUUCAAGCGCACCCUAGUGACGAACAUGAGAUGGAAAUUGAUGCAGUACCAUGAUUACACCAUCUAGUUAUAAAUUUAAAUAAUAUUUAUCUUUCCAACUUCCAAGAAUCAUCUAUGUAGCGUGGAAUUCAUAAUGUGGAUCCGGUGGUAAUCUGUGCUGUCUUGAUAGUCAUUUGUCAAUCAAUCAUUGUGUAUGAGGACACCUACGCAUGAAUAGUGUCAUAUUUUCUGUAUAUUGCUACAAAGUUGUGCUA